AUGUUCAAAAAAUUGCCCACUCAUUUCUGUUACUCCGAGGGAUACCUUGACUCCCAUCCAGAAUCCUUCCACAUUCUCUCUCAACAUUGCUUUCGACCCGGUCUCAUAACACUUUGUGACUCUCAGAACUGUGAUGAAGAACAUUUUAUGGGCAUCGUUUCUAUCCCACCUAAAAAACGGCGUACCGACCGAACAUGUUUCCUUUGUCAGUAUAGCAAACCGCUGGAAACAGACGCAUUUCAACUGGCUGAAUGCGGACGUGUAUACACAAAUUUUUCGAAACAUAAAGAAGAACUCUUUGCUUUCAAUAGUAAUGCGCCCAGGAUGGAUGGUAUGUAUGUGGCUGAACAAAGCAUCAAGUAUUGGAAAAAGAGGAAACAAAAGUAUUUUCAUCUAUGGAAGAAAAUAAGCAAAUUAUCCAGAGUGGAAUGUGGAUUUGACUACAAGAGACUGAAAGUCUUAAUGGUGUGUUUUUUUUUAACUAAACCGUCUCUACAUGAUGCUUUACUAUGUCGCUAG